AUAUCCUUUCGCAUUGUUACAGGUGAAAGCAUAUCGGACGCAAUCGUGAGGGAAAUCCAAGAAGAAACCGGAAUAGCAACGAAAUUUGAGUCAAUGGUUGCAUUCCGUCAUAUAUUGAAGUUUGUUUUUGGAUGUGCAGACUUGUACUUUGUGGCCGAAAUGUCACCUAUCACAGAGGAUAUCGUCAAGGAUGAUCAUGAGAUAGACAAAUGUGUUUGGAUGAAGGUGGAAGACUUCCUCUCCGAUCCAGAUGCAUCACCGCACAAUAAAAAGUUUGUGAAGAAUUAUUUGAAAUGUAAGGAAAUGGGCAUAAAAAUGAAGAUGGACGAUACAGUGCACGACAUUCUCAAAACGCGGCAAUUAUGGUUCACGAUAGAUAAUGAAAAUAUACCCAAGAAUGACGAUUCGUGAAAUAAGAUAGGCCUACAGUUUGCAACGUUACCGUUUUGUAACGUUACAUUUUUGUAAAGCUACACGUUUGUAACGUUACAGUUUUGCAAACGUGCUAUUUCAAGCUCUAGUGUCAAUUCUUGCCAAGCUUUAAAUUGCAGUAGUGGUAUUUUGUAAUUAUAUAUGUAUAAUUGGGGUUUUAGAUUAAUGUUUAGUGUAAAAAUGUAUUUAUUUUUUAUGCAAUAAAGUGCAAGUAUUUGUUACUUUUUCAAUAUUUAA